AUGCCAGCAACAGCACCACCUGCGUCCGUGCUGUCGUCUCCCACAAAGAGCAUUCUGUCGACAUGGGACAUGACAAGCGAAGCCGACGAGGUAGAGGAUGACCUAAGCCCCGACCUUCCUCACCCCUCCAAGCUCCCCUCCAAGCUCCUGAACGAGAGGACCUUCAAGUACUACCUGACCGACCACCUCGUUCGCGAAACGAGGCGCGCAAUGUCCUCUGCUACGCACAUACUUCUCGCUGACCCUACCGCGCAAGUGCCAGAACUCGCAGCCCUCUUCCCCGAGUAUGCUGAGUGCACUGUUCCCCUGAGGCGAGGGCGAGUGGCCUCUUCAUCCCGCGCGUCCCCGUCCCCCACACCACCGGUGCGUGCACGCAGAGCGUCUCCCACGCCCAAGCCUCGGCGGACCGCGACACCUGAGAUAUUCGCACCCAGUCGUGCGGAGAACAGCCCUUCUUGCGUGACACCUCGCCCUCGAUCAACUUUCCGUUCCAAGGCUGAGCGCGAAGCCGCCAAGGCCCAGGGGAGUGGGGCCCACGUCUCCCACAUCGCCGAGUCCGCGCCAAUAGCCCGGGACUCACGCUCGACUUUCCGAUCCAAGGCCGAGCGAGAACGGGAUGCAAGAGCGAGUCCAAGCCCGUUCCUCGUUGAGGCUACGCCCCGGCCCCUCCUAACAGACACGUCGUUCCUUUCCACGCUCUCAACGCUCUCAACCCUCUCCUUCGAGCCGUUCACAGUCACAGCCCUCCUUGCUGUUGACCGGUUAGAGACGCUGGCGGCGCUCGUCGUCGACACCAGGGCGCGACGAGAAGAGAACGAGCGCCGGAAACGGGUCAAGGAAGGUCGCAUCACGCAAGAGGAUGAGAGAGUCGUUGCUGGCCGCCGGGCGCGCGGCCUCCGCAGCAGCGACUACAAGCUCAAUGACGACGAGCGGCAACGAAAGAUGAUCAGACUGGUCACCUGGGCGAUACGCGUCGCAGCUUGCGAGGGCGAGGUAGUGCAGGUCAACGGGCAAAUGCACUCGAUGCGGACGAUGGCUAGCUUUGACUCUUGUGUGUCACUGUCCGGCCUCACACAGGAGGCAGGAUAUGUCCCCGUCACACCGGAACUACUCGGAGCGCUCCUCAUCCCAUUGGCAGUGGCUGCGCGUGCUGAGCGCCGGCCCACCUUCCGGAGCAAGGCGGAACGUGAAGCUGGGGUGAGGCACCAGGAACCCGGCAUCACCGUCCAAGUCCUGCUCGCGCGACUACGACAAUGGGGUACAGAUGGGCGAUGGGAGCGCAUUGCGGAGAAGCCCGUCCGAGAGGCUGCUGAGUGGGCGGAGGCGUCCGGCCUGCUCCGUCUAGGCGUAUGA